GAUGCAUCUCUGAUGUUCAGUGAAGAUGACCAGAACAGUCUGCUACAGCCGUACCAUCUGGGUCUGGAUCAAAAAUGCAGAAAAUACAUGGUUGGAGAGCUCAUCUGGAAUUUUGCCAAUUUCAUGACUAACCAGUGUAAGUGGCAGUUUGGCUCAUGGGAUAAUCCAAGGAUGAAGGAAAAACUGGACCUCAUUAUGGAUUUACUUUUGGGAUACACUGAUUAUUCCAGAGGAAGACUGGCUGACAACACAGGGAGCGGGAAGUAUGACUUGGAUGGUGGCGGUGUCCGGGGCCACUCUCGGCCGCUGUUGUGUGGCUGCGCGCAGGCGCUACUGGGCGGGAUGCUGUACACCGGGGAGAGCCCGUUGCGGGAGCGGCCUCUGAAGCUUCCAAGCCCACUUCUCCGACAAGGGACGCCUGGGCUUCCUGGAGCAGAGGAAUUGUACUGCCUUGAUUUGGGACAGAUUAUCAGAGGUGGGCACCAUUAUCCUCUCUUUCAUGCAGGAUUUAUCACAUGUCAGCCCAAGGCCACCCCCUCAGUCACUCUGUUUCCGCCAUCUUCUGAGGAGCUGCAAGCCAACAAGGCCACACUGGUGUGUCUCAUGAGUGACUUCUAUCCGGGAAUCUUGACGGUGACCUGGAAGGCAGAUGGUACCCCCAUCACCCAGGGCGUGGAGAUGACUGUGCCCUCCCAACAGAGCAACAGAUACGUGGCCAGCGGCUACCUGAGCCUGACGCCCGAGCAGUGGAGAUCCCGCAACAUCUUCAGCUGCCAGGUCACGCAUGACGGGAGCACCGUGGAGAAGACAGUGGCCCCUGCAGAAUGUUCAUAGGUUCCCAACCCUCGCCCCACCCACAGGGGCCUGGAGCUGCAGGAUCCCAGAGGAGGGCUCUCUCUGCAUCCCAAGCCAUCCAGCCCUUCUCCCUGUACCCAG